CCCGGUGGUGCCCAGCUUCAGGCGAGAGUCCUCCGGCGGCCCAGGUCCUGACGUGGUGCCUAAUCUCGUGACCCCUGCACCCGGAGGAGGGGCUCGGCCAAACACCAGUGCUGGUCGAAAGAAGGAUGCCACGGAGAAAGAAAAAAGUUAGAGAAGCCUCUGAAGCUCGGAACCUGGAGAAUAAAGAGGCAGAAACUGCCAGUUCGGUCACCGUGAAGAGGAAGCGUAAACCUGAGGAUGCAUUCAUUGUGAUAUCUGAUAGUGAUGGAGAGGAACCAAAGGAGGAAAAUGGAAUGCAGAAAAUGAAGACAAAACAGUCAAAUAGAGGAAGAUGUUUGGCUAAAAGAAAAAAAAUUGCACAAAUGACAGAAGAAGAACAGUUUGCUCUGGCUGUCAAAAUGAGUGAGCAGGAAGCUAGAGAGGUGAACAGCCAGGAGGAGGAAGAAGAGGCACUCCUGAGGAAGGCCAUCGAGGAGAGCCUGAAUAGUUGCCGGCCUUCUGAUGCUUCUGCUACCAGAUCUCGACCUUUGGCCACUGGACCAUCUUCACAGUCCCACCAAGAGAAAACCACAGACUCUGGGACCACUGAAGGCAUAUGGCAGCUGGUACCUCCAUCACUGUUUAAAGGCUCACAUAUCAGUCAGGGAAACGAGGCUGAGGAAAGAGAGGAGCCUUGGGACCACACUGAAAACACUGAAGAGGAGCCGGUCUCUGGCAACUCAGGAAGCUGGGACCAGUCAAGCCAGCCAGUAGUUGAGAAAGAGAACGUUAAAUGUUUUGACAGAUGCACUGGCCACUUGGCUGAGCACACACAGUGUGGGAAGCCACAGGAAAGUACUGGGAGGGGAUGUGAUUUUCAUGAAGUUGCCCAGGGCAGGGGGGACACAUCUAGGCACUGUCUGUCUGCCUUGGCAGAUGCACAAGGUCUCCAGAACAGGGGGGGCACUGUGCACUACUUCUGGGGUAUUCCAUUUUGCCCAGCUGGAAUAGACCCUAACCAGUAUACCAAGGUCAUUCUCUGCCAGUUGGAGGUUUAUCAAAAGAGCCUGAAAAUGGCUCAGAGGCAGCUCUUAAAAAAAAAAGGAUUUGGUGAACCAGUGUUACCUAGACCUCCUUCUCUGAUCCAGAAUGACUGUGACCAAGGCAAUCAGGCUAGUGAAAAUGAAAAAAAUGAAGGUGUCUCAGAAGAUACAGGAGACGAAGACAAAGAGGAGGAGAGGCAGGAGUCUAGGGCAUCUGCCUGGCACUCAAAGCCCAAGAAUUUCCAGGAAAGCCCAAUUAAAAGCUUAAAAGAGAAACUUUUGUUGAAGGAAGAACCAACAACCAGUCAUGAGUCUUCCCAAGGGCUGUUUGCGGAGGAAACUUCAGAAGAAGGAAACUCUAUACCUGCCUCUCAAAGCAUUGCUGCUUUGGCCAGUAAGAGUUUAGUCCUUAUGCCAGAGAGUUCUGCCGAGGAAAUCACUGUGUGUCCUGAGACACAGCUAAGUUCCCCUGAAACUUUUGACCUUGAAAGAGAAGUCUCUCCAGGUAGCAGAGAGUCCCUGGAUGAAGUAAGAAUAAUAAUGGCAGAUAAGGAGGUUGGUAACAGGGAAGAUGCUGAGAAGGAAAUACCUAUUGCUACCUUCUCAUCUAGUACCAAGGUAUCCUGCCCACUAUGUGACCAAGGCUUCCCACCCACGAAGAUUGAGCGACAUGCCAUGUACUGCAAUGGGCUGGUGGGGCAAGAUAUAGGUUUUCCCAGUAGACUGGAAGCAACGACAAGGAGGAAGAGGAUAUCUACCCCAACUCCAGUGUUGACUUGGAGAAAAAUAGAGGCCCAGAGCAAGAGCGGCAGUGGGACGGCUGCCCAGGCUCCCCUGGACAUUGAGAAGAAUGAGAAGUGUUAUCUCUGUAAAUCCCUAGUCCCAUUCAAAGAGUACCAGUGUCAUGUUGAGUCCUGUCUCCGGCUUGCAAGGUGUGACCAAGGAGACGGGCCUGCAGAGAGUGGGAGAGCACACUCAGCUGUGCAGGGGAAGCAGCAGCAGUGGCCGAGGAACCUGAAGGAAAAAGGGCGCAGUGAAGGCCGACUCCUCAGUCUCUUAGACCAGUCGGAGCAGAAGACUGAAGAUGCAGAGAUAAAGACCAAGUCUUCAGAAACAGUGGCUUUCAGGGUGCCCUCACCGGGGAUGGAAGAGGCAGGCUGCAGCAGAGACAUGCAGAGCUCCCUCGCACAGCUCGACUUAACUGAGUCUCCCAUCAAGUCUUUUGUUUCCAUUUCAGAAGCCACAGAUUGCUUAGUUGACUUUAAAAAGCAGUUUACUGUCCGGCCAGGUAGCCGGACACGGACCAAAGCAGGCAGAGGAAGAAGGAGAAAAUCCUGAAUUUCUAGGGUCUGGAGGCUGACAAAAGCAUGAGGAGUAGGGGAGGCCAUGCUCACUAAGCCUUGGUGGCCCAGUUCAUUGCUGAGCAGGUUGUGGCCCUGCAGUCCCCACCGUGAGCACCUGCUCAGUGUUCCGGUUUCGUGUUCUCUAUGAUCUGUACGGAUAUCAGUGUAUAGUGUUCUGUUUUAUAACAGCCUGUUCGAAUUUGCUUAUAGUUCAAAGAAAAUUUAAAUAUAUUUAUCUAUGUUUGUAUGAAAUCUUAUUUCAGUGAGAUGGAGCUUCCUUUUUCCCCUCUGUAUUACAGGGUCUGGGGAGGGACUAUUUGAAUUGUGGAGCUAGUUCUCAGACAUAAAUUUCAUGUUUCUUAAUGA